AUGGCCAGCAUCGACACCUUCAAUCACAUUGAUCCAGCCUUGCGAGGCUCCAACCUGAGCAGUCCUCCCAAACCUCGCGACUCUCAGCAACACUACCACAAUCCUCCUCCUGGCGCCUACUCUCCUCUGCAACCCUCUCUCCAGCCAUCCCCCAAUAACUCGUACCAAUCCAUCCAGACUCCCAACUACUACCCCACCACUUCACACACGCAAGAGAGUCCCGACGACCAAAGUCCGUCCGGCAAUCCCAACGACCCCAAUGAUAUUAAACGGCCGCGCGCCUGUGAGGCGUGUCGACAGCUCAAGGUGAAAUGCGAGCCCGACGACAACCAUCCUACGGGAUCGUGCAAGAGAUGUGCAAAGGCAAAUAGACAAUGUAUCGUCACCGCCCCUAGCCGGAAGAGGCAAAAGAAGACAGACAGCCGAGUCGCCGAGUUGGAAAAGAAGAUCGACGCCCUCACCGCGACUUUGGCAGCAAGAGGAGGAGCUGAGCCUGAUGUCGCCGUUGAUCCAGCCAUAUCCGUCUCGCACCCUAACCCCCAGGAACGCGUGCAGGCAUACGGAGGUCAAUGGCAUCAACCUCCUCCACCACCACCGCCGCCGCCGCCGCCGCCGCCAUCAUCAGGGAGCGCUCAGUCUCCGCAACAAGGUGUGAAGAGGAAAAUCACGAGCGACUAUGAAUACUUCGGUGGAGAGCUGCAGAAAUCUUCCGCUCUGUCGUACAAACCUCCCAUACCUCCUCCCAAUACCUAUCAGCCUGUUCUGGAACAUACGACCAAGACUGAAGAGCCGGCGACCGUGGAUCCCAUUGAACGUGGUCUCAUCGAUAUCACCACGGCGAGGAAAUGCUUCGAUCGUUAUAUGGCGGAAAUGUGCGAGCAUCUCCCAAUGGUCGUCUUCCCACCCGGCACUCAUGCCGACGAGAUUCGCAAAAACAAACCCAUCUUGUUCCUUGCUGUGCUUGCGGUCGCUUCCGGUACCGUCCGACCGGAUCUUCAACCGGGGCUGAUUUUAGAAAUCACCAGGGUACUGGCCGACAAGGUUAUCAUCCGAGGAGAGAAGUCGCUGGAGCUGGUUCAAACCAUUCAAGUCACGACAUGCUUCUACCAGCCUCCCGAGAAAUACGAGGAGCUAAACUUUAACCAGUUGAUUCACAUUGCUGCUGUCAUGGCUCUGGAUCUAGGAAUGGGUAAGAGAUCGAGACGAGGUGGGGGAAGCAUCUGGCGACCGUAUCAUGAGAACAAGAGACCGCUGUCAGAUCCCAAUAGUGUGGAAGUGCGACGAUGCUGGCUGGGCUGCUAUUACAUGUGCUCCAAUUCCUCCAUGUCUCUUCGACGACCACUACUGAUCCGCUGGAGCCCUUACGCCGACGAGUGCAUUGAAAUCCUUAUUUCUUCGCCGGACGCUCAUCCUUCAGACAAGUAUCUAUGUCAUCUCGUGCGUGGACAACACAUAGCUGAAAAUAUCGGGCUUCAAUUCUCCAUGGAUGACCCGGCUUCGCCAUUGUCAUUGACCGACCCCCAAACUCAAUACCAUCUAAAGACAUUCGAGCGCCAGCUUGUCGAGUGGCAACAUGCCGCUACCAAGGAAAUGAUUAAGAAGCCAAUCAUCCAACACACUGAAGGGAUUCUCAAUCUUUAUAUGCACGAGAUCGCCAUGCACCACAACCAUAAUAUUGACGACUUCCGACCUCCCUACAUCUCCACUCCGAUCGAUGGCCCUCCAGACCCGGAUAACGUCACGCCAGCUCAUAUAGAAGCCCUGACCACUUGCAUCAACUCCGCUCAUUCCGCGUUCGAUGCUUUCUUGGCCAUGGACAUACCGGCCCUGAGGGCACUACCCACCCUUUUCUUUGUUAGGAACUCUUACGCCGCUGUCGCGUUAAUCAAGAUGUAUUCGGCUGUGUCUGCCAAGGGAUCUAAAUUCAACAUCAUCUUCAAAAACAAAGAUCUGAAGGUGGAAUACUACCUCGACAGAAUGAUAGAGGCGCUCAGCAAGGCUUGCGAAGGCAGCAUGUCCCGCGUGGCUCACAAGUUCACUCUAAUUUUUAAUAUGCUCAAAAGCUGGCACAUGAAGAGAAUAGACUCGGUGAAUAAUGGAAGUGGACCGGUCUCCAGACAGCGGACACCGGCGAAUGGCAAUGUCAACGCCCGCGGCGGCAACAACAUGUCGCAGCCGCAACAGGCGCCAAACACAUACAAGGCUGUUCCACCGCAGCAGGACCCGUCGAAUUUGGGUUGGAAUUCGCAACAUCGCGGGUCUGUGGACGGGAAUGUUCCGCAGCCUCACCAACAAGCCCAGCCCCGGAGCGGCCUGCAGAUGCUGUCCGAGGCAGCAAUGGGUCCUGCGCCUGGACCAGGUCCUGUAAUGCCUCAACCUCAGCCCACACCUCAACAGCAAUGGUCUCACACCAUCAUGAACAACCCAGCUCAACCCAACAUGCUACCUGGCAUCAACCAAAUGUCUGGUGGUUAUGACCAAGCCGCACCGAUGAUGCCCUACAUGAUGCCCGGACCUGGAGGGGACAUGAUUCCCAUGGAUUUCACGAAUGAUGAGCUUAUGGCGUUUGGCUUCGGGGACGAGUUCCUCGCGAUGAACUUUGGGUUCGAGACGAGUGGGUGGCCCCUGUGA